CGAAAAAGCGCAGGCUCAAUAGAAUGGAUAAAAGCACAUUUAUUCCACCGGGUGUUCAUGUCAGUUCAGAUUUCAGUCGGCUCGAAACAAUCGGAACAAAAGCAUCAGCUUCAAUCUCUAACAAUUUUUUUUUAUUCAUUUUUUUUCCCUCAAUUAUUUUCAUUGUUUAUUUACUUACUUACAUACUGACUGACUUACGUACUUAUUAAAUUAACGGUGUUUUUAUGUUAAAAAAUUUCAGGUAAAUAGUUUUUGAGAGCAUGGACAUAAACAAGUUGAGUUAAUCAAUAAAACAGUCUCUAGACUCUAAACAAACGUCAAUAUAAACGUAAAUAGUUUAACCUCAAUAAAUUAAUGAAUUUAUUUAUGCAUUUAUUGUUGAAACUCAUGGGAACUGCAGAAUGAAAUGUCAAGGAAAAAAUCAAUAUUGAAGGAGAAACCUUCGAAGAUGACAGUGAGUUGCAGAAACGAAGUUAUAAGCUACCUGGAGAGCGCCAAAAGCAAAAAAUGGCCAGAAUCAGGGUCCCCUUGGGACGUAAACAGCAGAGCGACUUCGUCUUCUUGGCCGGAAGAUAUUGAAGAAGCUGCUACGAAGAAAGUUUUGAAGCUUUGGGCUGCUGUAGAGAGGACUCUGUACAAAGAAGACGAUGAGGUGAAGCUGGGAGCUGUUAUGGACGAGUGUGUGCAGUGGCGGUCGCAGAUUCCGCAUUACAGGGUCGUGGGGAAGAAUAUUGAGCCUAAGGAUGAAGAUGAGGAGGAAGAAGAAGUUGAGAGUUCGGAGGUUACUGAAAAAGUCGAGGUAGAAUUGAGUCCAGAGGAAGAACAUUUGAUCCAAAUAAAAAGCGAACAAGUAUUAGAUAGACUACUAGAGUAUAUUAUGAUAGAACUAGAAAAAGAGAUGGAUGAGGAUAAUAUCGCCAACGAAAAUAAUAACGACGACAGUAAAUCGGUUGACAAAAAGCCACUGGAGAAUUUAGACCAAGUAUUGAGAAUAACACCAGCGCCAACGUAUAGUGGUAGACGGUUAAAUGUAUCUAAAAGUAGUAAAAGUAAUAGUAGAAAAAGUAGUGCCAAUUUAUUUGAGUCGUUCGAAUUGACUGAACGUACUGACACGGCUUUAAGAGCACUUAGAAAUGCCAAAGACGUUGAUUACGGUAUUGUUGAUUAUGAUUAUGAUGUCGACGAUGAGGAUGAGGAAGAGGAUGAUGACGAUGAGGAUCCCAACAGAACGGAUGCCAAGCAUGGUAGAAAUAAACUUGGUACGGUUUUUAACAACAAAAUAGUCGUUAGUCCAGUGCCUUUCGCUGUUACUACGCGCGAAAGUUUUUGCACGUUAAAAACUACUCCUAUUAAGUAUGCUGGACAUCUUUUACAGCUUUCGACACCACAAGGUUUUAAUAGAAACAUGAACUCAGCGUCAAAAUUAAAUCAUUCGUAUCGUAAAUCAUCGAAUAGAUUGCCUCAAAGACAUUCGGCUUGGCAGUCGUCAGUAAGUCCGGCGUGGCCCAAAAAUUUACGACUUGCUCCUAUUGAUCCCUCACGUUUACCUAGUAGUAAAAAUAGAUCGAUUGAGUCACCAACAAUAAAACAGCGAGGCCGUCGCUCUUUGAGUCCCAUUCUACGUCCAGUGAAGCCGAGUUCGUGUCACUUGACUGGAGAUGAUUUUUUAGAAGUUACUGGUAAACAAAUAACUCAAUCUGCCAAGUUGACAAGACUAAAUAGAGAUAGCCCGAGCCUGAGAAGUUACAAGAAAUCAGCUAAAAAUAUUUGUAGAAUAGAAAGGUAGCUAGCGUGUUUAUUUCUUAAUUCGUAUGCGUGACAUGAUGGUAUGGUGAAAAUUAUGAUGCCGAAAUUAAUAAAUUGAGUGAAGAUAGUAUAUAAAUAUCAAAUAACAUAAUGAGAUUGCAGAUGGUGAAUAAUAAGGACUCAUUUGUUGGAAAUUUGCAUGUACUUGUUAAUUAAAAUUUAAAUAUUUAAUCAGUGUUAUUAAAUAACUUUGAAAUAAUAAUUACACGUGUUAAAUUAUUCAAGUUUAUAAU